AUGGAGCGGCAGAUAUGCGACUACCAUCCAGCCACAAUGGCUGAGAUGGUUAUGAUGCAGCAGUAUAUGAGUAGUCACCAGAAUUACUGGAGUUCUCCUAUGCCACACGAGGCAAACAGCGUUAUCUACCCUGGAUUUCCGCUAGAUCCCUAUGGGGAUUGUGCAUCACCAAUUUUUAAACCACCCGCUUAUUCCAAUACUGUCUACGCACCACCAGAUACAAUGCUUGCCUUCUCGUCUGAUCAUUAUGGGUUCAAAGCUAUUGAUGACAAGGCCAACUCGGAUGUUUUUCAGAAGGCACUACCCUCAAUGGAUAAACUGACCCAUUCGAUGGUGAUUCGUUCUACUCCGAGACUCUGGAAUGGAACUGGCUAG